AAACGAUUAUUUUUCGAAAUAGAAAAUUCCCGGCAUCUAUUAUUGAGCGGGUUUUGUGUUUUAGUAUUUGGAGUGAAGCAUAAUUAAUUGGAAAUAAUUUGUAUUCAUUAUAAUUCUGAUGGAUUUAGAACUACCUUAUAAAACUGAAUAUGCUAAAAGCGGCAGAGCCUCUUGCAAAAUGUGUAAGACUAGCAUCCCUCAAGGAUCGCUUCGUCUUGCUGCCAUGGUUCAGUCUGCAUUUCAUGACGGAAAGCAACCGAUGUGGUUCCAUGAGGAUUGUUUUUUCAAAAAGCAACGACCACAAUCUGUAGGCGAUAUAGAAAACUUUGAAAACAUUCGAUUUGAAGAUCAGAAGAGAUUAAGGUUGAAAGUUGAUAAAAGUUCGGCUGAACCAGUUGUUAGCUCUUCUAAAAAGGGGAAAAAACGAUCAGCUACGGAAAAUUCUGCACUGAAAGAUUUUGGUAUCGAGUACGCUAAGUCUGGCAGAGCCGCAUGCCGUGGAUGCGAACAAAAAAUUUUAAAGGACCAGGUACGCAUUCGGAAAACAGUAUACGAUACGGAAGUUGGAAUGAAGUAUGGAGGUCAACCAUUGUGGCAUCAUGUAGAAUGUUUUGCUCAGCUACGUAGCGAACUUGGCUGGUCUGAAAAGGGCGAUUGUCUUCCCGGGUUUCAAAGCUUAAAAAAGGAUGAUCAAUCUGAUGUCUUAAAGCUUUUACCGGCUAUUAAACUCGAAGCUGGGUUGGAGCCCAAGAAGGCCAAAAUUGAGCAAAAUUCUAAAGAGGAAGAAAAACUCGAUAAGGAAAUAGAAAAACAGUCUAAACAUAUAUUUAAGCUUCGUGAAAUGGCAGCAGAUCAAAUGCAAAAGCAAGACAUUAAUUCUUUGUUAGAAUACAAUAAUCAAGAACCAACGACCGGCGAUUCGGAGAAACUUUUGAAUCAACUAGCAGAUAUGUUGGCGUUUGGAGCUUUGUUGCCUUGUCCUCAGUGCAAGGGAUGCCAGUUAUUAUUUAGCAAGUCUGGCUAUUUGUGUAAUGGACAAUUAACAGAGUGGACAAAAUGUUCAAAUCUUAUAAAAGAGCCAGAACGUAAGCCUUGUAAAAUACCAACAAAUUUGAAGGAGAAAUAUAGCUUUUUACAAAAAAUCAAAAACAAGACGGGUUGUCGGAUUGUUAAAUAUAUACCCCCCAGUAUCGCAGUUAUAUCCAAAAGUGUGCAGGCAAAAACUGAAGAUGAGUCAAAUGAACCUAAAGUUAAACGCGAACGGCCACCUCUUUACAAUAUGAAGUUUGCUUAUAUUGGUCCGAAAAAUGGCGAAAAUAAAAUAAAGGUGCGUUUGAGUAAACUAGGUGGGGAAAUUACAACAAAAAUAACUGAACAUACUGCGGCAAUAUUUUCAACAAGCGAUGAGGUAGACCGUAUGGGAGCUCGAAUGAAAAAAGCAAAAGAGCUUGGUAUUCAUGUGAUACCUAUAAAUUACUUGGAUAUGGUAGAAAGUAGCUCUUCAAACGUAAUUAAUUAUAUAAGCAGUACGACUAUUUGUGAUUGGGGCACUGAUCCCAACUUGCGUAUUGUGCCAGAGGUCGCAAGUACAAAUAAAUCAAAAAGUAUUUAUACCAAAUCAGUCGCAAAAUCAAUGACGUUGAAAAUCAAAGAUGGAUUAGCUGUGGACCCAGAAAGCGGACUGCAAGACAUCGCCCAUGUUUAUGUGCAUAAAAAGGACAAAUAUAAUGUUGUUCUCGGCUUAACAGAUAUUCAACGCAAUAAAAAUUCUUACUACAAACUACAGCUUUUGGAGAGCGACACUAAAAACAAAUACUGGAUUUUCCGUUCUUGGGGCCGAAUUGGAACCACCAUUGGAGAUCACAAAUUGCAAAGUUUUGCAGGCCUAAUUGAAGCCAAGCAAUCGUUUUAUGAAGUUUAUCGUGAUAAAACUGGAAAUGAGUUUGAUAAUCGCCGUAAUUUUGUUAAGGUUCCUGGUCGAAUGUUCCCAAUCGAAAUCGAUUAUGAGGACGAGAAGAUAGUUAAUGACACGGAAAAACUCAAAAUUCCAUCAAAACUAGACACAUCGGUUCAAAGUUUAAUGAAACUAUUGUUUGACAUUGACACUAUGAAAAAAACAAUGAUGUUAUUUGAUUUGGAUAUGGAAAAAAUGCCAUUAGGCAAACUAAGUCAGAAGCAAAUUAAAGCAGCAUACAGUGUGCUCACUGAAAUUUAUGAGCUCAUACAGCAGAAUGGGGCUAAAGCCAACUUUAUUGAUGCUACUAAUCGAUUUUAUACUUUAAUCCCACAUAGUUUUGGGGUUCAAAGUCCCCCAAUUUUGGAUUCCAUUGAGCAAGUUGAGAAGCAUCGCCAAGUCCUUGAUUCUCUUUUGGAAAUUGAAUGUGCUUUUAGCAUGUUACAAGCUGAAAGUAAAGAAGAAGACGUAAAUCCACUGGAUAAACAUUAUGAGCAACUAAAGGCAAAACUUGAACCUCUAGAUAAAAAUAGUGAAGAAUUCAAGACACUUGAAACUUACGUCCGAAACACCCACGGAGAAACACAUAAAAUGUAUGAGCUGGAAAUCGUUGACAUAUUUAAAGUAGCACGUCAGGGCGAAUCGCGACGUUAUAAACCAUUUAAGAAACUUGAAAACCGGAAACUACUUUGGCACGGAUCUCGACUUAUAAAUUUUGCUGGUAUUUUGUCGCAUGGCUUGAAAAUUGCACCACCCGAGGCUCCCGUCACGGGUUAUAUGUUUGGAAAGGGAAUAUACUUCGCAGAUAUGGUCUCGAAAUCUGCAAAUUACUGUUGCACUACUUCUCAAGAUUCCACAGGUCUAAUGCUUUUAUCAGAAGUAGCUCUUGGCGAUAUGAUGGAAUGCACCUCUGCAAAAUACGUUACCAAAUUACCAUCAAACAAAUACAGUGUUUUAGGUCGUGGGCGCACCAUGCCUGAUCCGAAAGAGUCGCUUAUACGAGAGGAUGGGGUGGAGAUACCACUUGGUAAACCAAUAACUGAUACAAAUUUAAAAACUUCUCUUCUAUACAAUGAAUACAUUGUAUACGAUGUUGCCCAAGUAAAUAUCCAGUAUCUUUUCCGUAUGAACUUUAAAUACAACUUCUGAAACCUAUGAAAUAAAGAUUAUAAUUUUGGUAGAACAACAUGCCAUACUCGUAUUAAAAUAUUAAUGAUAACUUGCGAAUAUAUGUUAUAGCUUACAUUGGCGUAAUUGAUGUACUUUUGUUCAAUAAAUGGUUUUGACAACCCCUCAUUAAAAAUUA